AGGUUCCGCUAUCACGACUUGCACGUGCGGGAAAUAUUGCCAUUGCGUGUUUGCAUUGCUUGUUUUUGAGAAUCAAACCGCGUCCGCGCGUCUGCAUCACUGUCGUCAUCACCAUGAUACCCAUCACCAUCAUCACAGGCUUCCUAGGCUCGGGUAAAACAACACUCAUCCUGAACUUGAUUCCUCAACUCCCUAAAACCUACAAACUUGCGCUCCUGAAAAACGAAUACGGUGACAUCAAAGUCGACACAGCACUCGCCUCCUCGGCUGCUAUAUCUGGUGUACAAGAACUUCUCAACGGAUGCAUAUGCUGCAACCUCGUCGGGCAGCUUUCCGACGCCCUUGAAACACUCGCCAACGAUGUAAAACCCGACCGCAUCGUCAUCGAGACCUCAGGCUCUGCGUUUCCUGCAACAUUGGCCAUGGAGGUCAAUAGGCUGAGCAGGGAGACGGGGAAAUAUGUCUUGGAUGGUGUCAUGAGCGUCAUUGAUGUAGAGAAUUGGAAGGGUUACGAGGACACGAGUUACACAGCCAAGAUGCAGGCAAGGUACACAGACCUUAUCGUACUCAACAAGCAUGAACUGGUCAGCGAACGAAGGUUGGAGGACGUGGAAGAUGCAGUGCUAGCGCUCGAGGUUGAGCCACAAAUACCUAGGACAAAGAGCAGGAAAGGGUGGGUGGACAAGGAUAUCGUCUUUGGGCUGGAUGCCCGGUUGGCGGGAGUCAAAGAGGAAGAUGGAAGCGCGCAUGCACACGAUCAUGGCCAUGAUCAUGACCACUCCAGCGAGGUCGAAGUGCUCACUGUUACGCUAAAGAGCCAGGAUAGGCAGGGCAGUGUGGACAUGGCGAAACUCGCCAAAUUCCUGGAGGAUCCAACCAAAGACGAAGUAUACCGCAUCAAAGGCAUCAUGUACACUUCUACUCCACCAAAGUCUUCAGAUGCUGAGGCGGAUGUACAUCAAAAGAUACCAGAGGGAAGAGCAAGAUAUAUUUUGAACUGGGCGUUCGGACGUUGGACCUUUACGGCUGUGCCAUUGCCAGCCAGCGAAAGCUCCAUUGACGACGAGCCCGCACUAAGAUUGACAGUAAUUACUGCGAGAUAUGAGUCAAUUAAGUGGAAGAAACAAAUCGAAUCAAGUGGGCUGAUCGCAUUACAAGGCGGUGUCGAGGAUUCGUUGAUAGUGGAAAGGAUAGCCUGAGUGGUGGGCGUUGGUGUCUCGAUCUACCUUGCCCAACAUUUAGACUUAGAGAACUUCAUUCAAUAGAUUUCGAUUUAUCGCACGACGCAUUUGCGCAAGUACUCGAACACUACUCCUUCCCACUAGAGCCCUGGAGUGCUUGCACCUCAACAAGCGCUUCGGAAGAGGCUUAGACGUCACAACAUAUAAAU